ACAAUGUGUUCAGCUCUCAUUUUGGACAUUGGUUUGUAAUCACAGUGUCUGAUAAAGCACCUUUAAUCAUGGGAAACCCUAUCUUCCAGAUCAUCUGUUACCUGGUUGCAUAUCUCACACUGCUAUUGCUCAGUGUCAGUGGAAACACAAAUGGGUCAGAAAUCAAUUGUAUUGCAACUAUCAAAGUGCCUCGAAACACACAGUUUAGAGCUCCUGUUAUGACAUUGUUGAUUAUAAACUGUACUGUUAUUGUACAUGAAUGUCAGAACUCAAGUAUCUACUGGUGCAAAAUCUAUGGAAAUGACUGUAAAGCCUUAAAUCACUCAAAUAAUAUAAAAGCAGAGUGGAAGAGUAUCACAGAACAUGAUGGGAUUGCAUUCCUGACUUUUUUGAACAUCUCAACGGAGGAUGAAGGUUUAUACAGAUGUAGACUAGGCGAGACCACUGUAAGCCAUUCUAUUAAUGUCACUGUGACAGUAGGUAAAGAGGAGGUUUUUCUCAAUCAAAGCAAAACAGGUGAUCUGAAUACAUUUCCUAAAGAUGGUCUGCAGUGGCUAUGGCCAUAUGUUUACAUCUGCGGUGGAAUAGUGGGGCUGGUGGUCAUAGUUAUGACUUUAUCAUUAUUUAUUAUCAGACGCCAAGGAACAAAAUCGACAUGGAAAAAUAAGACAACUAAAAAUCAGAACAUUGGGACACAAAGAAGUGACCAGACUCCUCCCCAUCACAACACCCAUUCCACCUCAGCCCAUCUGAGCUCUGCUUUAUCCUGUGUCUAUGAAACUCCACCUGUCAGAACAGGAUCAUCAUCUGGAAGGUUCUCAGCUAAUAUGGCAGAAUCAAAAGGGAGCCAUAACAGCAUUAGCACAGGAAGAGGAGAAGAGAAUGCUCUUGUGUAUGCUUCUUUGAAUCACCAGGCAAUAUCAAGAGGGCCAAAAAGAACAGCACAACAAGAACCAGAACCCUCCGAAUAUGCUGCAAUCCGCUUCUGCUGAUUCUAAGAUUUACUCAGAUACUUUAAAAAUGAGUACUCAAAAAUGCUCACUCAUAUGCUUUUCUGUAUUAAGGAAUCACUAUAAAGGACACUCGAUGAGGAAGAAAAAUCUGAGUGUUCAGACACCUCUGUUUCUGGGUCAUGUGAUAGCAGCUGGUUGCUUGUAUUGCACUGGUCUGACAAGCAUUAACAGUGCUUGCAGUCUGUAAUUUAUUAUAAAAAUCAUUUUUAAUGCCAUGUUAAAAUAAUAUGUAAAAACAUUUUAGAAUUUUACAUUUCUUUAAUAAAUAAAAUUACAUAUUUUAUCAAAUUUAAUUUUAUAAAAUAAAAUUAAACAGCUUUAUUCCUGAAGAUCUCAAGAAUAAACUCAUAGUCUUUUGAGAAUAAUCUCAAAAUAGGCCUUUUAUGAGAAUAAAGUCAAAGUUUUUAGAAUAAAUGUAAAAAAAAAAAUAGUUAACUUUUAAGGGAAAAAAGUUGCAUUUUGAGAUUAAAGCAGUGAUAUUAUGAGAAUACAGUCAUUUUGAGAUUGAAUUAGUAAUGUUUUGAGUUUAAACUCAUAAUGUUACCAGAAUAGAGUCGCAAAAUUUAAGGUGUAGUAUUUUGUGAAUAAAGUAAAAUUAUUUCGAGAAUAAAUCACAAUAUUACAAGAAAAAAGCAUGAUUAUCACAAUAGCAAUAGGUCGCCUAGGCACACAGCAGCAGUUCUUUAGGAAAUUAAAUGUAUUCAGGAGAAAGAUCUAGAAGGACAUUCAGGACAUUGCCUCUUUUGUGCAAUCUGAAAUGCCAACCAGUGGUCAACUUCAGUGGUAUCAAUGGAUACAUCAUUUACAUCUGCUCUACUUUUCUGUCCUUCAUUACUUUGAUGUUACUUUCAUUAUGACUUUAUUCUCAUAGUAUCACAACUUUUAUCUCAUAAUGCUAAGACUUUAUUCUCAUAAAAUUAUUAAUUUAUUUUCAAAAAAUUACUACUUAAAUCUCAUAAUGCUACAAAUUUAAUCUUAUAGUAUUACAACUUCAAUCUCAUAAUGUUAAGACUUUAUUCUCAAAAAAGGCCAAUUAUGAGAUUAUACACAAAACAUUAUGACUUUAUUCUUGUAAUAUAAAUUACUUUUAUUCUUUAUUUAUACAAUUAUUUUUAAAGUGGUAUUAACACACUGUUGUAGUAACUUCUAUGUUCUCCCAUUUACAAAAGUAAUUUAACAGCUCUUUCAUCUGCCCUAAAAAGACAAUUUAUAGUAUAUUUAUUACAUAUGUUUUAAUUUUGAAAAUGUAGUUAUUAAAAUGUGAAGUAAACCAAACAGGAAAUAAAGUUUAACACUUAUACAAUGGCUGAUCCUAAAGCAAUGUGUUAUAUGUAACCUAAGCAGUGAUUUUUGAAUACAUUCUGAGGCUGACCUUAAAUUUUUUAUUUGUGAAUUAUUCAGUGGUUCAAAUAUCCAAUGGAUUGCUUAAUUAUUAAGCUAUGAGAAUGCUUCAGAAAUUCAGUUUAUCAGUAAUAUCAAACACCUAGGUUCUGAUUUUAAAUGGUAGUCUACAUAAAAGAUACUGGUGUUUUUAAGUGUUAUAACAUUAUGACAGACUGUGGAAGGCAUCACUUACUCCAGAAGUACUUCAGGAAAGAGAUACAAUUGAAAAUUUGAGCUAAAUUAGAUUAUUUUAAAGGUAUGAUUUAAGGUUUUGCAAAGCACUGAAAAAGAGCACCAGACAUUAGGAGUAUAUAAAGUUUAUUUUUUAGUUUGUGAUUUGUAGGAUGUCUAUGCAGAGUAAAACCUGAGAAGCCCACAAGAGCAAAAGCAUGCAGACACAUUUCCUGUAUGAGAAGGGGGAGACUGAAACUUAUCAGAUAUGAUGGUGGGAUUGUGUACCACCCACACUGAAAAAAUAGUACAUAUGACCUCCUACUGUCAAUGUAUUAAAGGUCAGUGAGUUACAUACUCCCUUCUGUUUAUACUGUACAUACUGUGCGUGUGUGUGUGUGUGUUAUUGUGAAUGAGUAAAUUAAUCCAUAUUAUUCAUCACAUCAUACCUGAGUGCUUAUGCAAGUGUGUAAAUGGUGCUAUUCUACUCUCUAGUAUGUUGGUGUGUCAAGUGCCAGACUAGUUCUACUUGAAAACUGUGGCUGUGACACAUUCCUUUAAAGGGGAGUUCCAUAAAAUAUUCAGUUAUUUAAUGAAUUCAAUUAACAGUCUCAGAAAAAUAUAUAGGGUGGAAUCAGGGUCCAAAACACAUUUUAUAAGCACCCCGAGUUUUUGGGGCAGACCUUACCUGCUAAAAAGAGACAGACUCCCUCCCUCCAGGGAAGCAACAACAUGUAUGCUAGAACCUAUACCCACUAAGCUACUGAAAGAGGUAUUAAGGCCUGUUCACACCAAAUCCAUGACAAAUUUGCAAGAUGAACUUCAGACGAAAGGUCUAUGCACAAUGAGACUUUAAUGAAUGAAACAAAAAACAAUUUCACCCCUGUACAGUAGGUGCUGUUGCUGUUCCAUAAACAUAUUUAUACCAGUUUCCUGCCAUUCAGCAGUCAAUGUUAGAGAUGAAUGUACUAAAUGCUGUUAAAUCUAAUUUAUUUACCUAAUUUGGCAAGUGUUUCAUGGAGUUAUUUUCAUGUUUUUGAUGUGUUUUGAGAAAUAUAGAAUCUGUGUUUUUAAGUGAGUGACAUGAACAAAGAGUGCUGUUGCAUAAAUAUACAUCCUGAGUCUUUAUAUUUGUAUGUGUAUUUUGCUAUGAGUAUAUUCCAAACAAACUCCCAAACCCAACUUCUCUUUAUAUAAUGCCUGGAUCAAUGCCUGGAUAAUAUAACACAUGGUAUAGUGAUAUAAAUACACGUUAAAUAAUGUACACUAAGAAUUACAGGUAAGGUAAAAAAUA